CUGUUUUGCCUUAGGCGGCAAAACAGGAUGGGCUGCCCCUGGGCUCUUGUCUAUUUUAACUUGAGCGCCUUUGUGUUUACCCUGGCAAAACAAUCCUAUUGACACAAGCAUUGAGCAGCAAAUUCCUGUCACUAACAACAGAGCCCUGGGAAACUUAUCUCAGUGGUAUAUUUGAAGGGAAACAAGAUAAUGCUCUAGGUCUCUCUAUAGAGCAGUUUGCAAACCAGGGGGAAAAGAGAACAGCCCGGGCAACUUUGAUCACAGGGGGAAAGGAUGGACUAUACCUUGGAGGACACACAACGGAAGGAGAAACUUCUGAGGACUGUUUAUGCCCUCCAAGUUAAAUCAGAUGCCACAUUUCAGAAAGCUAGCCCUCUCCUGAACAGCCACCCUGGUACAGGCAUGGUGACAGAACACCAAGUGCACCAGCUGGCCGAGAAAGCCAAGGUUAUCUGCCAUGACCUGGACAAUAUAAAAAACUCCCUUUACUACCGGCAAGAUGAACUGGUGCAGCAGAUCCCAAACCCCAACGGCAACCAUUAUGGAGGUGUGUGUGGAAUUCACUGCUCACUCGAUGGGCUUAUCUACAUGACUAGUGAAAAUGCACCAAGAGUCCACUUCCUCAACCGCUCAGGCCAAACUUUUCAGUCCAUACCAUGUGUGGAAUGGAAGAAGAAUGAAACUUUUUUGCCAGAGGAUGUGACCGUCACCAGAGCAGGGAUGGUGGCAAUUACAGACAUGGUCAAUGGGACUGUCCGCAUCUUCAACAACCACUCCAAGUUCUCCAAGGGAGAAUGGCUAAGAAUUGGGAAGUUUUGUUCCCCCAGGGGAAUUGGAGUGGAUACAUCUGGAAAGAUUCUGGUGGCCGACUACACAGAAGGAAAAGUUCAUAGCUUUGCCCUUGACCGUGCUUUCAAGGUGCAAAGCACCCACUCUGUCUCCAACCUGCGUGGGCCACGCUACGUGUGCUUGGCCCCGGAAGGAGGGUUUGUGGUGAGUGAAGAAUGUGGUGAUGUCAAGCUCUUCAGUAGCAACCACAAACUGGUCUCUUCCAUCAGCAGCAAAUAUGGCCACUGCUUUGGCAAUCCUUCCGGGGUCUGCGCUGAUAGAGAAGGCAACAUCAUUGUGGCUGAUGAACAGCACCAGAAAGUCCACUUGUUUCCCAGGAGUGGGUCUCCCAUCUGCCUGGUAUCUAAAGGUCUGCAGAGACCAAUGGGAAUAGCUUGUUCCACCCAGGGGUUGCUGUUAGUUGCUGAUAGUGGAGAUAACUAUGUCAAAGUCUUCAAGUACCGUGUGAGACCCCAUUACAGUUCUGACAAUCUUUGUAUACCCAGUAACAGUCCAAACCUAACACCUAGAGGGAGAGCAGAGUAGGAUUAUUCCAUCAUUCACCUUCAGGCAUCAUCUGCAUUGACCUCUACCGCACUACCUCAUCUGACAGUACAGUCAGUUAUCCAAGUUUAUCUAGCACUCAAAAGGACUUGCUGCAGCAAACUUCACCUUUGUCACAUGGUGGACUUGAGCUAAACAACUUAGAUCCCAAUAUCUGACCCACUCCUCUUGGAUGUUAUGACUGGCAGAGGGGGCCCUUUUGGUAGUUCCAGUGCCCUCAGAAGUUUAAGAUGGCCUGGAGAGGGCAUUCUCUGUGGCAGCCCCUACAUUGUGGAAUUUCCUCCCCACAGAGAUGUGACUGGCACUUUCAGUAUGCCAAAGGCACACCUUCUUCCUGGCCUUUGACACGUGAUAUAUAUAGUUUUAGGGCCUGUGCUAUUCUCUUGACUGCAAUUUGUUUUAAAAAUAUUUUAAAUCGCCCACCUGCAAUUCCCAACAAGUGGUAUUCAGAGGCAUACUGCCACUGACAGCAGAGGUAGAACAUAGCCAUUGUGGCUAUCCCUAGCUGGCAUGGGAGUUGUAGUCCAAAGCAGCUGGAGGACACUUGGUUGGUGAAGGCUGUACUACCACAUCUGAAGCUAGCUUAGGGGCUACAGGGCAGCCCAUAUAGUUCUGUCCUCCAACACCAGCCAUUGGCCCUGGCAUCUAACAGUGACUGUCACACCCUGCCCAAUGGUAGCCAGAGCCUUUUAGGAGCAACAGACAUGCCAUUAUUAUUAAAGAGAAAGUUUUCUCUAAUGUAUGUUUUCAUGAAAAGUAAGAUUACCUGAAUUAUAUUUGUCACUGGUAAUGUUAAAAACAAGAGUAAAUUAUAAUAAAAUUAUAUUAUCACAGACCAUAGCAGGAUAUUCAGAAGGUCAAAGUAAUAAAAGAGGUCAAA